AUGAAGCAAUUCUCUGCAAAAUUCGCUCUCGCGCUGUCUGCGGCCGCCGGGCAGGCCUUGGCGGCCUCUACGCAGGGCAUCUCCGAAGACCUCUACAACCGUCUGGUUGAGAUGGCCACCAUCUCGCAAGCGGCCUACGCCAACAUGUGCAACAUCCCCUCGACCAUCACCGUCGGGGAGAAGAUCUACAACGCCCAGACCGACAUCAACGGAUGGGUGCUCCGCGACGACAGCACCAAGGAAAUCAUCACCGUCUUCCGCGGCACCGGCAGCGACACCAACCUGCAGCUCGACACCAACUACACCCUCACGCCCUUCAGCACCUUCUCCGAGUGCAGCGGCUGCGAGGUGCACGGCGGGUACUUUAUCGGCUGGUCCUCUGUCCAAGACCAAGUCAUGUCGCUUGUCAAAGAACAGGCCGACCAGUACCCGGACUACACGCUGACUGUCACCGGCCACAGUCUGGGAGCGUCAAUGGCGACUCUCGCUGCCGCCCAGCUGUCCGGUACAUACGACAACAUCACCCUGUACACGUUCGGCGAGCCGCGCAGCGGCAACGAGGCCUUCGCGUCGUACAUGAACGACAAGUUCACCGCCACGAGCGCGGACACGACCAAGUACUUCCGGGUCACUCAUUCCAACGACGGUAUCCCGAACCUGCCCCCGGCUGAGCAGGGCUAUGUCCAUGGCGGUGUGGAGUACUGGAGCGUGGACCCCUACAGUGCCCAGAACACCUAUGUCUGCACUGGGGAUGAGGUCCAGUGCUGUGAGGCGCAGGGCGGACAGGGCGUCAACGAUGCGCACACCACUUACUUUGGAAUGACCAGCGGAGCUUGCACCUGGUAA